ACUUAUUUCUUAAUUAGCAGUUUAUAGUACGAAGUAUAGUUUAUUAUUAGUUGUCCAAAUGUACCUACGUUAAUAUACACUAUAAAGUUUUAUACUUUUGUUUUACAGACAAUUUUAAUAAAUUGUUUUUUAAACAAUGAAAAUUAAUUUUGGAUAUUGCACUUGUCAGAUAAAUUGUAUUUAUUAAUAAUGCGAUAGUUUGUUUUCGAAUGAACAAUAUAAAAACAAGUCAAAUGGAUACUAAAAUGUCGUUAAUAAGUUUGUCUUCUAAGUCACUGGCCAAUAUAUUAGAACUUAUUACGAUGACAACUGGAAUAGAGGAGUUUAGUGAAGUGUACUUAAAAUAUGUUCAGAUAAUAAACACUUUACAAGAUAACUCUUACGAAUAUCCAAAAAAACGAGCUGUUGAAGAACUCGUAGAAGGAAUUUUGGAAAAAUAUAUUGCUCAUGGGUUUCCGUUAGAAGCAAAAGAAUUUGAAAUGCGAGUGUACUGGUUUAUUAAUAACUCUGAUAUCAAUAAUCGAUUAAAACAUUCCUCUUCUGCGGUAAAAUGGGCCAUAAUCAAUAUGAUAAUUGAAAUGGCUAGAAACCCUUGUGGAUUCAGAAAUGCAUUGCGAAAUACCAACUUAGACAGUGUUCGAAUUCAACUCGAAGGCGAAACAGCAGUAUUAGGUGAAACGUGGAAAGCUAAUCUUGUAAAAGAAUUACUUGAUAUCGGUCGCAGAGAUCAGCAAUAUGCAGAAUCAUCUAACAAUGACGAUACCGAUUAUGAAGAUGAAUGUGACUAUAAAUCAUUAAGUUUAGCAUCAUCCUGGACAACCUGUACAAAGGAUGAAACUGUUACUAAAACCAAAGGAUUUGAAGACAACAGAAGACAAUAUUUAAAACUACUAUAUUUGAACGAAAAUAAGGCUCUAAAAGUAUUAAAGACAAUUAAAUCAAAUUCAUGGUGGUAUUAUGAUUCCGAUGUAAUAGUCAAAGGUGGCAAAGAUGCACCUCAUUUUGCUUUAAAAAGAUAUUCCAAUAGUACAUCUUUUAAAGUUAUAGAUGACAAAAAAGUAAUACUUGAAUGCUUAAAACAUCAUUUAGUCCCAUCCAAUAUUUUUCAGCACAGUUUAGAAGAUCAAAAUAGGUUGUUCGGAUAUAUAACCAUUUUACCAUCUGUGUCACCAGAAAUUUUUAAUAGUUGGACAACAGCUAUUUCGCCUUUUAUAAAUAAAUUCAGCGACCUUCUGCAGUUUACUCAUCAUAUGAAGUGUGUUGUUAAGAUACCAUAUACAUUAAGGGCUUAUGCUAAAGGACUUGAAAAAAUUCUGGAACCAAUUAUCAAUACGAUGCAAUUAAUUGAAAACCAGAUAAAGAAUUUAUGCUACCCAAACAGAACAAUAAUGUCUUUUGAAGAAGAUAUGCAAAAGCAUUUACAAGUGAUUUCAUUUGUUCAUUCCAUACAUACAAAAGCGUUCAUUUCAAAUUGGGAAAAAUUAGACAGUUGGAUGACUUGUAUUAGAUUGAUAUCUGUGUUGUUUUGGUCUGUUCAAAAGGCUCUUCUGGAUUAUGAAAAAUUAAUUUCAAUGACUUUGUUCGUGUAUACUUUUGAACCUUAUAUACAUAUGACAGAAUUAUGGAUUCACGCUGGACAGCUGGUCGACGAGCAUAACGAAUUUGUCAUAUUAAAAUAUGAAGGCGACAGUUGUACAGAGUUCAAUUUAUACUUCAAAGAUAUUAUUGGGUAUCUUGAAAACUGUGGCUUGCAAUUACCGCCAAUUAUAGAAAAUUUAAUGUAUUUGUUAAGCAAAAGUGAUUGGAAAGUUUUUGUAGCUUCAGAAAUAAGUAAUGACGACAAGACCUUAGGCGAUGUCCCUCGUGGAGAAUUAUUUCAUAACUUCUUGUUGGAAUUAAGAACAAUAUUAAACGAUUGGGAUGAUUACAUAAUACCAUUUGAUUCUUACAACCCAUCUAUCUGGAAUCGUAUACCUAUGCUAGCUACAUCUUGUGUUAAUUAUAAAUUUUUUGCUAAUUUCACAUUUAAUUUGACUUCAUUGUUGAGUUAUGAAAUAGUAGACAUUUUUGUGUUAGUCGUUCAAAAAGUGUUGGAUAACAUCGGAAUGAAAGUCAGAGAUAUUAUACUCAAAGAUAAUAAAUGUGUUCAUCAUUUGAAGACUUUAUAUAAUAUAAUUUUCCUAGAAGAUAUGACAAAAACUGUCACUAUUGAUAGAGAAACGGAAUAUAAGAUUGAACGUAAUUCGUUUUUAAAUAAUUGUUUCUAUUCACUUAUCAGUGAUGAUCAUAGUUCAGUGUUGUCUACAAGUGAUCAUUCAUGCAAUUUGUCAUUAAACUACAAAACUGGCAAGCAUAGUUUGUGUGGAGAUGAUUUCAUAUUCAACGAUAAUUUUGCAGACGAAUUAGAGCGAAUUAAUAUUACAUACGAUGUCAAAUUUCCUCUUAGUUUGAUUUUAACUAAUGAAGUAAUUUCCAAGUACAAUAAAAUGUUUCAUUUGCUUAUCACAGUGAAACAAGCUGUAGAGAUGAUCUCUCAAUUGCAAACCAAAGAUUUAAAAAAGUAUAAUGAUUCGCUGGACGUCAAACGAAUGUAUUUUAUACGAUUAUGGAUAUUGUCAACUACGUAUAAGUUGAAAACAUAUCUAUUUAGCGUUGCCUCCAAAUACUUGGGAACAAAAUUAUUUGAUAAUUUUGAAAAAGUAAAAAAUGGUUUAGAAGCUUUUGAGACGGUUCUUGAAGCACAUGUUUGUCAGGCAAUAAAAAUGUGUAUGUUGGAUGGUCUGAUGGAAAAAUUAUCGUACCAGGCUUUGGCUUUGUUAUGGAAUGCAUGUGAACAAUUUACAAAGCUUUGGAAGAAUAGUGCAUUAAAAGACAGUAUUGAUAUUGAAAUGAUGGAAACUAUUGAGCAAGAAUAUGUCAACUCUUGUUGGAAACUGGCUAACGGUCUUGAUACAUAUUUAGUUGCAGAAGAUGACACGUCAAGCCUUUUAUAUCAGUUUUGUCAAGAUUUUAUGUCAAGCAUGCCAACGAAAGAGUCGACUGAUCUUGACGGUAGUUUGGUUUAUAAACUGAGUGACUCACAAAAUAGGUAUUCUUUCAUUUACACAUAGUCUAGGAUUGUUAAUUAGACAAUAGUUUAUUAGUAUAUUUUAAUUUUUUAGUUUCUCAAAUUUUAUAUUUAUUGUAGUACAUUUUUUUUAUUAUUUUUUUUUUUAGCAGAAAAAUAACUAAAUUAAUAAUGUUGUUUUUAUAAAAUUCUUAUAGUUGGAAUUAUUAGCAUUUUUAGCACAGUUAUAAUUUAUAAAUUGUAA